CAAAAUGAAAUUCGUCCUACUCCUGUGCAUCCUCAGCGCUGUGCUGCUCCAAAUUCAAGCCUCCCCAGUGCAGUUGGUCGAGCGCCAGGAACGCGCCAUUGCGCGGCAGCAGGCUGUCAAUGACGUAGCGCCCGCCGCUGCGCCGGCCGAUGAUGAUGAUGAUGACGACGAUGACGAUGACGAUGAUGAUGAUGAGCCCGAUCUAGGCGAUCUUGUCGACGAUGAUGAUGAUGAUGACGACGACGAAGAGGAUGAUGAUGAUGAGGAGGACGAUACACCACAAGGCCAAGCGGCGCCAGCUGCCGCUGCUGCCAGCGACGAUGAUGAGGAGGAUGAUGAUGAUGAUUAUCUGGACCGCUUGUUCGAUGACAUUUUGGGAGAUGAUGAUGAUGAGGACGAUGAUGAUGAAGAUACCCCCGCUGUCGCUAGUGCACCCGUCGCCGCCGCACCCGCUCCUGCUGCCCCAAUAGAGGAUCUCGCACCCGUCGGCCAAUCGGCACUCAGCGGCGGUAUCUCGGACGGCGUCGAUCUGCCCCUUGAGAGUGGCAAUGUUGCCGAUUCCGUGGCUGCUGGAAGCUCUGCGGACGAUGCCAAUGCUGUUUCAAGCAACAACAACGAAGGUGCCAUAACAGGCGAUGACGAGGAGGAGGACGACGAGGCCGACGACGAUGAUGACGACGACGACAUCAUCGGCGAGAAUGUCAUUGAAGCAAGACGCGAAGCACGUGAGUCUAAAAACCAAUCAGCCACUAAGAAACACGUAGCAUCAGCUAAGGCCAAAAAAUCAACAAGUGCUUUGAAGAGCAAAAAGGCGCUCAAACAAUCAGAACAAUAAGUCAGCCAAUGAAUAUAGCAUAAUUAACUGAAUUUAAUUAGAACAAAAACAAGUAACGACAAAGGACUUGAGCAUACAUACAUACGCACAUUAACAACAAUUAAACUAUUCGCUUUGGAAAUUAUUGAAAUUCUAAACAAAACACAACUACUUUCGUACAAAUGAACAUGAACAGACUCUCGGCUUUGAGACGACUUUUCUUACACUUUGUCGCUUUGUAAUUUCAAGAAGAAGAAAGCGAUUUGCUUAAAACUUUCCUUCCGGUUUUUUUGGUGCUAGUCAAGUUAACGGUAAACACUUUGCACAAUAUCACAAAUGUACACACAGCAGCCGACUAAGCUCAAAAUUAACUGUAAAAACAAAAGAUUUAAUGUAAUUUACGAUUUUAUUUUCGGUGAAGUUUCGAGAGCUGCUUGUUCAUACACUGCACUUGUUCAAAUCAAAACAGAGCAAAAUUGAAAAGAAUCAAUAUUGAUAGUUUGUAAUUAAUAGUUUCCAGCUUAAGCAAAAAAUUGUAAAAAUGCUACAAAAACAAGAAAAAUUUGAAAAUCAAAUGAUAACAGUUUGUACGGAUGCCGGGGAAACGACUAAGAGCCAUUGGUCCAGCCACCAGUGCUAGCUAGUUAGUCGCUUUCCCGCGCCAACAAACACAUGACAAGAUACAACUAAAAUAUAAUAGAAAGUGUAAUAUUUUAGUCCUUAGGUUAAUUUAUUUAUUUAUUUUUGUAAAUUAUUUAUUUAUUUAUUGAAUUAAUUAUUUAUUUAUUGUUUCUCCUCUCUAAGCCUUUAAGUACACAUUGUCUGUCUAUUUGCUAAAUCUCAAUGAAAAAAAUACUAAAAAAUAGUAACUGUAGUUUGUAAUCUCUGUGUAAAUCGUAAAAUUGUACUGGUUCCCAACUAUUUCACUUUCAUACUUGCAUUCACACUCACAUCACCAACCAAGUUCAUACAAAAACCGUUAUACAACAGUGGUUUUUUGUAAGAAACACAUUAUUCAUUCUCAUUCAUCUUUCUGCGCUCGUCUCGCUGGCUUCUUCAUACUCUUUGGGCUCCUCCUUCUAUGUAAAGAACCUAUCACUUCUACUCUCUCAUGCUUCUCUCCCGCACCCGCGCAAACACUGCUGACAAUAAAUAUGCUUUCUAAGUAAUGCCAAAGGCAAACCACAAGCGUUGCGGUUAUGAAAUGGCAAUACGCAGAUAUUUUAAUAAAUCAACAAAAGAAAACGUAUGUGUAUAUGUACAGGUGAAGGAUGGAAGUGGGGUGUUGGUUCGGAUGCCAAGACAACGCUUGAACAACUUCAAUGCCAAGCAUGCCAAGUGCAUACACGCGUACAUACAUAUCUGAUCGUGCAAAUAUAGUCUCAUUCACGCAAGUCUGCUUGCCUCUGAGCACACAACUAGAUCUAAUAAAAUAUCACCAAAAUUAUUUAAAAAAAAUGUAAAAAGCAAAAAGCCAUAAAGCACAAUAGGCCCUCCAUAUUCACACACACAUUGCCGGCGAGCGCAGCCAUUGUUCCACAUAGCGGUUCUAAAGCAUUUACGAUUCAUCCCAAAUUAGACGAUUUUACCUAGCAAGAGUACGCAGUAGAAGCAACUAAGAUUCGAUGAAUAGUGAACGAUUCAUUUAUGAAGAGAAAAAGUGAAUAAAAUUAACUGAAAAUAGUGAGCUUUCGAGAAAAUCACAAAAAAUGCGUUUUAUUUCACUCAGCUGCCAAUGUAUGUAUGUAUAUAAUAACGGUAGGCUUGCAUGCGAAAACGAGUUGGUCUCAAGCUUUGAUUGGCGUCUGAACCCCAGCACUGUGUUUCAAUAUUAUCUGUGGUGAAUCGGCAGUAAUUGACUCAAAUAUUGUUUAUGAUUUUAUUUAUGCACUUUUAUCUUCUUAAACUUCUGUCUGUAGUUUCUGGUGUCUCUAACUGGGUGCAUGACUAUUCUUUUCUCUACUCUCUUCUUAAUGUCAAAAAGUAUAAAAGUAUAUUAAACAAAUUUUAAGUAAAUCGAAGUAAGUAUUCACUAAGCACUACACUUAGCCCUAACUGCACUUAUCACUAAACCAUAUGUAAGUAACUAAAGUAUAAUUGUUAACUUCUAAUGACAAAUUUUGUGAGUUUAAUUACUAACGGUUACUCGGUGUAUAUAAGAACGAACUAAAUUUGACUGUUAUGGUAAAUAGGAGGUUUACUCUUUUGAAAAUCGUCAGCUUGAACAAGACUAUCCAAGUAAUCAUAGUCUAUAACAUUAAAGGUACACCAACGCCUGCCUUUUGUUGACAUACUCUCCAAGACCUCGCUCAACUUCCAAUGCUCUAAAAUAUAAACAAAUUAUGUAAAACACAAUGUAGAACAAAUUUCCAUGACAAAUAUGAACACUUAUAUCUUGUGCGCUGUCACUUCGAAGAUCUUCUUCAAUCCACUCGAAGAAAGCAAAAGUGUUACAAAUCUCCGAUUGUUUACCCACACCGUGCAGCAGAAAUGAAACAAAUUUGUAAACAGUUUGAAGAAGCCAGCAGCUCGCCAUAUUUACAAGUUGCACCUGUGUUGCCUCUAAUUUCUGGUUAUUAAAAAUUCUUUGCGAAGAGUUGGCGAUUGCUGCGCGCUGAGCAAGUUCAAACAAUUCAAAUGAAAAUUUAAGAAAACUUGCGUUUUUGCUGAUUGUUUGCGCAUUUUAUUGCUGUCGAAAGUUUUCCAUUCCAAUUUCAUCAAGUUUUUCAUGUUGCAACAAUGUUGUUUUUAUUAGUAAAAAUGCCAUCGUUGCGUUGAGUGAAAAAGAGCAAUUAAAAGUUUCUCACAACUGCCAAUGAAGGUGAAGCGUCAAGUGUUGAGAACCUUGUUUACAUUUCGUACUUGAAGGAUUUUUUGUGUGCACGCCUUGGUGAAGCGACGAAAAAAGAUUGGAAAGAAUUUGUGAAGCUAAGAAGAGCUAAUUUUCUGUGUAAAAGUCGCUUAAGAUUUCCUGCACUCAACUGCCGUUUUGCUUCUGCUAUCAUGCCCGAUUUCAUGGAAUUUGGGAAAGCAUAGGAAUUUCGUCUAAAGCAUAAAAUCGAUGAAGAAUUUCAGCGUGAUUCAGUUGUUAGGUAUCACCUACAACUACUCUGGUAGGAUCCUUGUUUCCUCAGUCACUUUUUGACUAGCAUGCCAUCGUAAAAAU